ACUGUGUUGAGUGUUGACAUCUAAAUAAGGGUCAUUUGUAAUUAUAAUUAAUUUUAAUUUAUUCUUUAUCAUUAUAUUUAAAUAAUUAGGUAAUAUAAAUUUGCAUCACAUAGUCUUAAUGAUUUAACAAAUUUAAGCAAAAACAAUUUUGCAUUUGACUAUUAAUAGUCGCAUUUGUGCUUCGAAACAUGACCAUCGAAGGCAACAAGGACGAAGCAGAAAGAUGCAUAGAGAUUGCGCAAAAUGCAUUCUCUAUCGGAAACUACGAAAAAGCGGAGAGGUUUCUAAUGAAAGCUGAGCGUUUAUACCCCACAGCGAGGGCUAAGGAUCUCCUUACAGUUGUCCGAGCAGCUAUUCCAUCGGGAACUUCAAAAAAAACUCCCCCUGGUACUCCUGAUGAUGUACGACGUAGAAAAGCGCCCCCUCCUCAAGCACCCCAAAAGGAGUACUCCACAGAGCAGCUAGAAGCUGUGAGAAGGAUCAAUACAAAGUGCAAGGAUUAUUAUGAAAUACUUGGUGUAAGCAAGGAGGCGACGGACUCUGAUGUGAAGAAGGCGUACAAGAAGUUGGCUUUACAGCUCCACCCGGACAAAAACCACGCCCCCGGGGCCGUGGAAGCCUUCAAAGCAAUCGGCAACGCUGCUGCCGUGUUGACAGACCCUGAGAAGCGGAAGCAUUAUGACCUGAGGGGUCACGAAGUUCCAACACAAGCCACGCACACUCACCACCAGUACUAUGCGCGCGGCUUCGAGAGUGACCUCACCGCUGAGGAGUUGUUCAACAUGUUCUUCGGAGCAACCGCGUUCCCUGGGGCUGGCCCGGCGGCUUACACGAGGCGCCGCGCCCGCGAGCCCGAGCAGAGGGACGGCCACGGUGGGCUGGUGCAGCUACUGCCGGUUGUCGUCCUGGUGCUGCUCUCCAUGAUGUCGGGCCUCUUCAUCAGCGAGCCUGUGUUCAGCCUCACGCCCACCGCCAAGUACCCGAUACCCAGGGAGACUGUCAACUUGAAGAUUCCAUACUACGUAAAGGACAAUUUCCACACAGAUUACCAGGGUUCGUUGAGAAGACUGGAGAUGGCAAUCGAAGAAGAAUAUAUAGGUAAUUUGCGUCACGCGUGCCAACGCGAGCGUAAUUACCGCGACAACAUGGCGUGGAAGGCGCGCAACUUCGGAGACACCAACCAGUACGCCGAGGCGCAGCGCAUGCGCAUGCCGAGCUGCGAGAAGCUGUCCAAGUACCAGCGAGAUCCAUAUGGAAAAUAACAGAAAUCAUCAUCAUCAUCUUGUCAAAUUAAGGGUUAAGGUAGUGUUUCGCCUGGCUGGUUCGUCCUUCGAAUUUACAGCCACCAGUCAAUAGCUGAGUAGAGUAAAAAUAUUGCAUACUGUUUUAUUCGCGCGUGUCAGCUCUGAGUAGGUAUCCAAUAAGUACAAGUAGAUCGUGGUGUGCGUAGACUAAUUUAACAAUGUGUUACUAGUCCACCGCAGAUACAAAUUGAGUACGAUUUUAAACUAUGGACUAAGUGAUAUUGUAUACAAUUGAUACAGAUUUAAUUGAAAAUAAUAAAAAAAUUGGCUACAAAAACAACAUUGAAAAAAUUAUAAAAAACUUUUUUGUUCACAAUAAUAAUUGUUCUUAUAAGAUACUUACAGCUAUUUAAAAUUGGUAUUAUUUAGUUUAAACAAUUUCUUAUGUUUGUAAAGUGAUAUCCCUCACUUCUAGGAUUAAUACACAAAUAAAACAACCUCAGAGAUGUGCAAAGCAUACAAGAUUUUAUGACGAUACGUCGCUCGAACGGUUAGCUCAGUUUGCAGAGCACUGGCACGGAACGCCAGAGGUCGUGGGUUCGAGCCCCGCAUCGUUCAUAAGAUUUUGUUUUCAAAUUUUAUUUGUGUGUUAUUUAGUUUAUUUAUUAAUUGUACGGGUAGCAGACCAAGAGCUAAGUUAGUUUAGUUUCGCUCGAAUAGCUGACACUGUUUCAUAAUUAUGUAAGCUAACUUAAAUAUGCGAAGCUUAGAGUAGUUGUGCUAUUUGACUUUCACUUGUGUGGUGCGCACGGUCGUCGGUGAGUUUUCACUUAGUUUUUGGUGUUCACGGGACAUUUUUUAUUAAACAAUUUGUUAUGUUUUGAAAAUAAUAACCCUCACUUCUAGGAUUAAUCUACAAAUAAAAUUUGAAAAUUUAUGAGCGAUGCGGGGCUCGAACGCCUGGCGUUCCGUGCCAGUGCUCUUCCAACUGAGCUAACCGUUCGAGUGACGUAUCGUCAUAAAAUCUUGUAUGCUUUGCUCAACUCUCGCGAAGCGACAUCUCAAGUCAAUUUCCUGAUAUGCAAAUAUUGGGGUUGUGUGGUUAUCAACUGUAAAGUAGAUCCUGUAGACGUCGCCACAACCUGAGAGUUGAACAAAGCAUACAAGAUUUUAUGACGAUACGUCACUCGAACGGUUAGCUCAGUUGGGAGAGCACUGGCACGGAACGCCAGAGGUCGUGGGUUCGAGCCCCGCAUCGUUCAUAAAAUUUUGUUUUCAAUUUUUUUUUCUGCAUUUUUAUUAGUUUAUCUUAGCUUAACUAAGCUGGCUUAGCUUGGGAACAGCUUAGUUUUUCGGUCUGCAAUCCGCAUUAGCAAUAACCAACAAGAAUCAACAAUUACAAAUAAUAUUGUAUAUAAAUCAACAUCUAAGUGUUAUUGCACUAACAGGCAACGACCACUUGCAAAUUUUAGGUAGGUUAAUAAUUUUAUGAUUUAAAUUUUGCACCAUAAUUUAUUACAUACAUUAUAUACAUUAAAUUUUAUUAGGAUAAUGUUUAGUGGAAAUUUAUUAUAAUUAAUAAAAAUAUAUAAAUAACAAAAAAAUGUUAGAUUAUAAAUGUAUAUGAUUAUUCACUACUAAAUAUUCUUGUUUAGAAAAAUUUGUUGAAGUUUGGUGUGUUUUUUUUUAUGAAAAUAAGGGAUGAGACGAGCAGGACGUUCGUAAUUGAUACGCCCUACCCAUUACAACGCAGUGCCGCUCAGGAUUCUUGAAAAAUCCAAAUAUUCUGAGAGGCACUACAAUUGCGCUCGUCACAUUGAGACAUAAGAUGCUAAGUCUCAUUUGCCCAGAAAUUUCACUAGCUCCGGCGCCCUUCAGAUCGAAACACAGUAAUGUUUACACAUUACUGCUUCACGGCAGAAAUAGGCGCCGUUGUGGUAGUUUAAUUACAAAUACGUAUUAUUUUAUCAAUAUUUAACAUGAAUUUAUUUAUUCAUUAGCUUUUCAAGGGAUACAUACAGUACGAUAAAUUAUUAUAUUAGAAAACAUAUAAAAUUAGUUCUAAAAGCAAUUUCGAUCGAUUUAGCCGAUCUAAAUAAAUAAUGUUAGUAAUGUCUCACGAAAGAUUUAAUAAUUUAAUUGAAAUUUCUAAUUAUUUAAUUGGUUUUGGAAUAUACGUGAAUCAUAUAAGAUUUGGUUUAGUUAUAAGGCUGUAGUGAAUAUGUAGCAUGUAUGGAUGACGUAAUCAACAUACUUACUUGUAACAUCGUGGGUUAGGUAGCACGUAGGUGCUCUAACCAGUCUGUUGCAUACUGUGUACCGUGUUGGGUGUUUGUGGUAAAUAAAUAACCUGUUCUCGAUUGGCAUCACACAACUGACUUUUACUUGCAUUUCUAAAUAGCCUUCUGAUCUCUAAAGAACAAUAGUGAUAGUGCAGAUUAAGAGAGUGACUCCUACAUUGAGGUUAUUUAUUUACCACAAACACCUUACACGGUACACAGUAUGCAACAGACUGGUUAGAGCACCUAAGUGCUACCUAACCCACGAUGUUACAAGUAAGUAUGUUGAUUACGUCAUCGUUACGUCAUCAUACACGCUACAUAUUCACUACAAGGCUGUAUUUAAAAAGCGUCUAAGUAGCCCAAAAGCUUUUCUUUAUAUUGUUAUAAAUGAGACAUCGGUUAAGAGCGCUGGGGCCGUACUCUCCCACAUCGUCCAUUAAUUUUGGUACAAAAUUUUAGUCUUUGGGUUGUUUAGUCAGUAGUUUAAGGUUUGGAGGUUUUGACAAAUAUCACUGUUAAUAAUAUAAAAGGCAAUAUGUAAUUUUUUGCUAUAAGUCACUGACUUGGAUAAAUACCACUGGACAGGUGUUCCAUAUGUUUGACAGCAAAUUUUGGUGCGCAUUUGAAGCGCCACUCGCGAGCGUCGAGAGAACUAAUUUUGACGUAUAAUACAAAUGGCUGAAGUAUUUUUAAAUUUUGAAUUAAUUUCGUUCGUUUUUCGUGUUAUUUAUACUUCAACAAUCAACGUUAUAAAGUAGAUACACAUUUUUUUUUUGUAAAUAGUUUCCAACUAUCAAUGUUGUCCACUAGGUUGUCAUCACUAGUUUUAGUACCGCAGACUCUCGCUACAUGGCCAACAGCGCCAAAAUGGCGAAUAUCAAACAGGCACAAGAGCACUUUGACAGCCGCAAGUCCAGUGGUAUAUAGUAGAGGUCAGUGUCUAAUAGUACAUUAUAUGUACGAACGAGGGGAAAAACCCAUAUACUUAGAAUAUACUAUCAUACAUGACAGCCCGAAAAUGUGUGAUCGAUUUUGAUUUGUCAAUCUAUAUUAUUAUUAUUAUAAAGAGGAAAGAUUUGAUUGUUUGUUUGUUUGCAUUGAAUAUGCUCCGAAACUAUUGAACCGAUUUGAAUAAUUAUUUCACUGUUAGGAAGCUACACUAUCCCCGAGUGACAUAGGGUAAAUUGUAUUUAAAAAAAAAAUGGGUUCCUUGCUAAAAUUCUAAUAAUGUAACCCAAGGUGUGAAAAAAAUACCUUAAAUAUUCUUUAAAUCGCGCGUGCUGCGAAAAGUAUCAAUGAUAAAAUAAAAUAAAAAAACUACGACGUAAGUUCAUUAAUUUUAAAAAUUUAAUUGAAAUGUCGUGCUCAGUCCUGUGUGUAAGCAUACGAAGUCGCAGGUAUCAGCUAGUAUUCAAUAUACCGAGGAGCUAAUUCCGAGCGUGGCUGACUGUUUACGACUUGUCAAUCAAAAUCGGUAACAUUAAUAAUAUAUCCGUUUUUCCUUUUCUAUCUUGCUAUAUCUCCGUUAGUGAUGUUCUUCUCUCUCGCACGCUCUGUGGUCUAAGCGCUAGUAUAUUGUAAGUUAAUACCGCUUUCAAUAUCAACAAUAGUAUUGACCACUUCUUUAAAACAUAUUAUAAUCAUAUACAACUUUAACCCCCUUAUUCAUAAUGGUCCGCUAAUAUUAAACAGCCGCUAAGGAGUGUUUUUUCUCAUUCUGACUUAGGUCAAUAGAAGAAGAUUAGAGUAAGAAUUAGCAAUGCUUUAAGUUAGCAGACUAUUAUGAAUAAUUGGGUAAAUGUACACCCUUGUAUUUAUAUUAUAUCUCAAUAAUUAAAACACACGAUAAUAAAAUUGUAUAACAUAAACACGAAAACACUGAAUCACCCACACCCUUACUCAACUACACUAUAUAUAUAUACACACACAUACACCUCUUAAAUAAUAUUAUUAUUAAAGUAUGUAAUAAUACUAGCAUAAAAUAACAAAUGAUGCAUACUUAUUAAAGUUUUGUAACUAUUAUUCUUAAUCCUAAAUUGGCAUUAUUUAAAAUUAUUUAUUAGUCUAUAUGGUAUACAAAGUUGUUGGAUUAUUAGUAAAUAAAUAAAUAUACUAGUUAGUGGCAUGUGCGCUUAUUUUAGUAUUAGGAUAUUGAAAAUAAUUAAGAAACGUUUGUGUGGUAAAGGUUACUAUAACAUAAAUGACUUUUUAAUGAUGCCACACAUUGGGAAUGGAGCGCCCUCAGGCUAUUAAAUAAUAAGUUUUAUUGUACUAUAUUACUUUGUAAACAUAUUUUUUGAUGAAAAAAAAGCCCGCUGAGUUUGUUACGCCCAUUCUUCUCAGGUCUGAGGCAUCCUUUUUGGAAUGGGCGGUAGUUUUUUACUUGCAAUAAGUGAUGUCACAUCCUAUUUUAAAUAAAACUAUUUGAAUUUGAAUUUGGACAAAAAGAAAUUGGCAAUUGUAGAGACUGCCGAUAGAAGUGAAAACUUAGAACCAAAGAGGAUGUAAAUACUACAGUAUAUACAUAGAACUUCUAGUAUUAAAAUUUCGUAAGGAUUAAAAACAAUUAAAUUAUUAAUUUCAAUUUAUUUUUCAAACUUAUUUUCUAUAAUAUAUUAAUCAAACAAAAACUCUAUUUCAACAAUGCACAGUAUAUACACAUUGAGCUUUUCACUAAAACCAUUCAAUUUCACGUAAAAGAUAUACACAGCACUAAUGUUGCACAAUACGUCCGCUGUAUAGCUACAGAUAUACUGCUGUAAAAGUUUCGGUGACGCGAACUCACGAGAUUUCAACCAUCCAAAGAGUCUAAUUAUGUUAUACAUUUAUAUGUUUACUUAUAUUUAUUAAUCGGCUGCGCCAGUCAUGUGCAAGUUUUCACUUCAAAAAUGCAUAUAUUACAAAGUAUCAUAUCAAUUCGAUCCAUGUUUCAAAAUAUAAAAUUCACUGCCACCAGCGCCACCUAUCCGGUACUAACCUAACUAGUGGCCAUGUCGUCCUUUAUAUGUGUGCAAACUUUCAUUUUUAAUUGAUCUAACGGUUCUCGAUUUUACGUGAACUUACACACUUUCUCUUUUAUAUAUAUGAUAAAAUUUCACGUCUCGAAGAAUGGCUUUAACGGUUUGGACCAAAUUUUGCAAUAAGAUAAGCUUUUGCUUUAUAAGGUAAUCUAAGUGGUGUGAUCUUAUAUAAAACGAUUUUAACGCCAUCUCUUAAAUUUAUGAGGUAACAAUUAUUGCUUUUACAUUUAUUACAUGUCAGUGAAUAGACAAUUUUUUUUUAAUAAUUUUAAUAAAAUGAUUUCAACUAAAAUAAAAUAUGUAUGAAUGACAAAUUCAUCAAAUUAAAAUUCAAGCACCCAAUAAUUAUUUAAAUGUUAUGAAUAAAUUGAUAUCUUUAGUCUAAAUAAUUGUAUGUGUAAAAUAAUUAUGGAAUACCCCUAAGUAACGCCCAAUUCAAAUUUACUCGCCCCAGAAUUAAAAUUUCACCCAUUAAAAAUUUCGCUAAACCAAAAACAUGCAAGUCGAAAAAUUAAUGUUUAAUUAACACUUAGAUCAUUUAUAAGUCUAGAUUCUAGAAUGUUAUGACAGCUGUGAAAACGUUGAAAAAAGUUGAGGUUGACUGUUACCCUCUAUUUUGAGCAAUGCACGCACACUAACACAAAGUGUCAUACAAAUCGCCAGUGUAAGCAUGUCACGCACACUAAAUUAAUUAACCUGGUCUGUUUUAAUCGGUUGUCUCACUGCUAGACUAUCUAGAUGUAUAAAUUAAGAAGAAACUAAGCCUUGCCUGCCUCUAAACAGAUUUAUUCUUAUUGCUUAUUCUUUAAUAAUGUCGCCCUGGGUAGGUUCCCAAUGAACGCAGUGUGCGUAAACUAGUUUUCAAUGUGUUACAAAUCCACCGCAUCUGCGAACUGAGUACGAAUAAAAAUGAAUCUUAUUAGCGAGCUGCUAAAGUUGUUAUUUCUUUAAAACGUUUUACUUAGUGAAUCUUAUGUAUUACUGUGUGUUGUAUUCCGCUUACGUUUAUUUCUUCUCUACGCUCUUUUCUCUUUUGCUUAGUAUAGGGGUAAAAGGGAUUUUAAAUGUUUUUAUUUUACGCUUAGAGAAUUUAUACGCCUAGAUGGAGCCUCUUGCAGUUAGGUAGCGCAUGACAAGAGGUAUAUUACUUUAGUGUGCGUAACAAGCUACGUCUUACACUCGCGAUACGUCAACCACUUUGUUUUAGUGUGCGUGCGUUGACGAAAAUAGAGGUUAACUGUUAGCCGCUAUUUUUUCGUUGUGUUCAUAGGUGUCACAGUAUCUAGACGUAUAAAUUAUUUAAAAUUUUACAUUAUUGAAUUGAAUAUUGUGGCCAGUACUGUCGUUGGGAGUAAUGAUUUGUACUAUUAUGGGUGUUAUAAAUUAUAUUUAUUGUUAUAAUACUUAUUAAGAAUCCCUAUCCAAAUAAAGGUUACUGUAAAUA